UAUGUUUGCUUAUAUGAAUGUGGACAUUGGAAGCAAAUUUUAAUUUGAUCUUUAAUAAUACCUGCAGUUACUGGAAUGGAGCAAAACUUAUUUAUCAAAUUUAGCUGGGAUGAUUGCAACUGUAAUUGCAGUGGUGAUGUGGGUGACAAGCAUGCCUCGCUUUAGGCGAAAGAUGUUUGAAGUUUUCUUCUACACUCACCAUCUCUACAUCAUUUUUAUCAUCUUCUAUGUAUUGCAUGUUGGCUCUGCCUAUUUUUGCAUGAUCCUUCCAGGAAUCUUUCUCUUUGUUGUGGAUCGAUACUUGAGAUUUCUACAGUCACGAAAACGUGCUAGAUUACUCUCUGCUCGCCUCUUACCAUGCGACGUUGUUGAAUUGAACUUCUCCAAGAGUGCUGAAUUGUACUAUAAUCCCACAAGCAUGUUGUUCAUAAAUGUGCCAAGCAUUUCCAGGCUUCAGUGGCACCCUUUUACUGUGACUUCCAACUGCAACAUGGAGCAGGAUAAGUUAAGCAUUGUUUGUAAAAGCGAGGGAAGUUGGACUCAAAGGCUUUAUCAAGAAAUUUCUUCUUCUAUUGAUCGUCUUGAAGUCUCUAUUGAAGGACCCUAUGGUCCUAAUUCAGCUGAUUUUCUAAGGCAUGAAACACUGGUGAUGGUGUGUGGAGGGAGUGGCAUUAGUCCUUUCAUUUCCAUAAUCAGGGAGAUCAUAUUUCAAAGUACCAAACCAGAUUACCAAGCUCCCAAUGUUCAUCUCAUUUGUGCCUUCAAGAACUUUUCUGACCUUUCCAUGUUGGACCUCUUGCUUCCAAUCUCCGGCACACCGGCAGAAAUUUCAAAACUACAAUUACAGAUAGAAGUCUAUGUAACCAGAGAGAUUGAACAGCCCAAAACAGACACCCAAAAGCUACUCCAAUCCUUAUGGUUUAAGGCAAAUCCAUUGGACUCACCAAUUUCCACGGCUCUGGGUCCUAAAACUUGGCUAUGGCUUGGUGCAAUAAUAGCAUCAUCAUUUGUCAUGUUCCUCCUCUUGUUGGGCAUUAUCACUCGCUACUACAUUUACCCAAUUGAAAGAAACGGCACUGAAGUUUACCAUUAUUCGUACAAGUGUCUCUGGGAUAUGUUUCUGGUUUGUGCUUGUAUUUUUAUAGCUUCUAGUGCAGUUUUCCUAUGGUGCAAGAAAGAGAAUGAUCACAGGGAAGAGAAGCAAAUUCAGAACGUGGAAGUGCCAACACCGACAACAUCACCAGGUUCGUGGCUUUACAGUGCAGAUAGGGAGCUGGAAAGCCUUCCCAAUCAGUCUCUUGUUGAAGCUACCAAGGUGCAUUUUGGUGAAAGACCAAAUCUCAAAAAAAUACUGUUUGGUCUGAAAGGAUCGGAUGUGGGAGUUUUAGUUUGUGGCCCCAAGAAAAUGAGAUAUGAAGUCGCCAAGAUUUGUGCGUCUGGGUUAGCAGAUAACUUGCAUUUUGAGUCCAUUAGCUUCAACUGGUGACGACAGG